UGCAGCUUGUCGCUUCGAUCUGGAGGAGUCACACUCACAGAGUUUUCUGGUAACCAAAUAAAAAGCAACAAACAGAUCCAGUAAUCCAAAAUGUCAAACCCAGUGGUGACCCACCAACCAGGAGCAGGAGGCUAUGGCACCAAUGUUCAGACAGGAGAGUGGAGCACGGGCCUGUGCUCCUGCUGCAGCGACUGGUUUGUCUGUGCUCUUGGUUGCUGCUGUCCACCUGUAUUGGGCUGCUACACAGCAAGCAAGUAUGGAGAAACCUGCUGCCUGGGUUGUAUACCAGGAGGAGCAACAGCCAUAAGAACUCAUAUGAGACUGACCUAUGGUAUUCAGGGAACAAUAACCAACGAUGCCUUGAUGACCUUUUUCUGCGGAUUUUGUGAAAUAUGCAGGAUGGCUCGAGAAAUCCGCAUCAGGAAUGGAGAAACUUCAACUUAAGAAGACAUAAAGGAUUCAGGCCCGCUAUACACAGUAUUGUCUUGUUGUUCAUGAUAUCCAGCUAUUAUUGAAAUAAUUUUUUUAUUCCUGUAAUUGUUUAUUCCUAUCUUUCAUGCAGGCAACAAAUAAGGGGCAGCUAAUGAAAUAUGCCAUUCAGAGUAUUAAAUAUAAUUUUGUUUUUUUAUUUGUAGCGUUAAACCUUUCUAACAGCGUGAUUAAGUGCUAGCACUUAUCUGAAUUACUGUAAAUAAACUGCAUUGUUUAAUCACUCACACCAUGAUUAAUUGCAUAUGGACAUGGGCCAUUUUGUACUACACUGUGAAUACAUUUUGCAAUAAUUUUUUAUUUGUUUUUGGUUGUUUUGGUUUAUGGGAUUUAAGGGUUUUAGCAAAGACAUUGGUCCCAUUUAAUAAUUAAAUUUCAAAUGUUUUAAUUUGUUAUAUGCACAGCAAUUACAGUGACGCAGUAAUGCUCUGAUAAAACAUGGCUUAUAUGUGUAAAAAUUGAAUAAAAUAUUAUAUA